AUGCUUCUGGUUAUGGACUUUUAUUACGUGGAUGAAGGCAAGGAUGUGGGACGCCAUGUUAGAGAGAAGGCCUACGCAGUAAAUAAUCUGCUUAGAGAUAAGGAUCGUCUGCAGGAGGAGCGCAAAAAGGCUCAACUUGCUCGCAGUCGCCUAGAGCGCGGCGGUUUUGGCGCCACUACCGGUUCGCUGGGCGGUGUCGGCGAUGGUUCCUACGCAGGUCUUUCACCGCAAGCCUCCACCAGACGUCCUGUCUCCGCGACUGACCGGCGGCCGUCCUCGCAACCCUCUCUUUCGGGUGUGUUCCCCAUUUAG